AUGUUUUGUUGUAGAGAGCCCAUUGAUUUUGAUUACUCGAAACCAUUGGUAAAAUCGAUAGAAAAGGCUGUUAGAACUGUUGUUUUGAGGCUACCCAGAUAUACCACCAGAGCACACAUAUCAUUCGGUCACCUUGGUCAAGAUUCAGCAGAUCUUGCAUCUAACCUCGAUGAGGUUAUAAAUGCUGUUACUAACAAUUGCCCUGGAGGACUGUCCAAUGUACGUUCAGUUUAUGUGCAGCCUGUUGGUGGAACACCCACUCUUCCAAUCUAUUUCGACAGCGGGAAAUCAUCUGACGUUAAACUUGAGCGGCCUUCUAAACGAAGAAGAGUGUCCGAUGAAUGUUCUACUCUUCCUGAUGGGCUAAAACUAGCGGUACGCAGAAAUGGUAAAGUUCGCGUAAUCAAGGAAGACAGCAAUAGUAAUGCAGCGGUGCAUUAUCCAACAGUUCAUGAUGAAUGGGAGGAGAGGGAUGGAUUGAAACCUACGAUAGAUCCCGCUAAAUUGAAGCGUAAACAUGCCAUUAAGAAAAAACGAAUGGUAGGUCUUACCAAUUGUUGUUUGUUUUACUUUCCAAAUUUAAAUCACAACAUUUUGCAAAUUUUUGAAAAAAAUUUCCAGCAAAAACGUUUGGCCCAAGUAAAGAUAAAAUCUGGAGAAAGAGUUGCGAUACAACCGGAAAGCCAUUUGAAAGAGGAGUAA